ACGAGCGUCUCUAUGGUCGAGUGGGCGGAGCCAGGAGCAAGAUGGCCGCGCCCGCAGCUGCCACGGAGCCGCAAGCUUCUGGGGGUCCCCGGCCCCCAGCGUGUCUGUUGGUGUUGGGAAUGGCGGGGUCUGGGAAAACCACCUUUGUACAGAGGCUCACAGGAUAUCUGCAUAGUCAAGGCUCUCCACCUUAUGUGAUCAACCUGGACCCAGCUGUACAUGAAGUUCCCUUUCCUGCCAAUAUUGAUAUUCGUGACACUGUGAAGUAUAAAGAAGUUAUGAAACAGUAUGGACUCGGACCAAAUGGUGGCAUAGUGACCUCGCUCAAUCUCUUUGCUACCAGAUUUGAUCAGGUGAUGAAAUUUAUUGAGAAGGCCCAGAAUAUGUCUAAGUAUGUCUUGAUUGACACACCUGGACAGAUUGAGGUAUUCACGUGGUCAGCUUCUGGGACAAUCAUCACUGAGGCCCUGGCAUCCUCGUUUCCAACAAUUGUCAUUUAUGUAAUGGACACAUCUCGAAGUACCAACCCAGUGACCUUCAUGUCCAAUAUGCUCUAUGCCUGCAGCAUCUUGUACAAAACCAAGCUGCCUUUUAUUGUGGUCAUGAAUAAAACUGACAUCAUUGAUCAUAGCUUUGCAGUGGAAUGGAUGCAGGAUUUUGAGGCUUUCCAAGAUGCCUUGAAUCAAGAGACUACAUAUGUCAGUAACCUGACUCGUUCAAUGAGCCUGGUGUUAGAUGAGUUUUACAGCUCACUCAGGGUGGUGGGUGUGUCUGCUGUUCUGGGUACAGGCUUAGAUGAACUCUUCGUGCAAGUUGCCAGUGCCACAGAAGAAUAUGAAAGAGAGUAUCGUCCUGAAUAUGAACGUCUGAAGAAAUCACUGGCCAGUGCACAGAGCCAGCAGCAGAAAGAACAACUGGAACGCCUUCGUAAAGAUAUGGGCUCUGUAGCCUUGGAUGCAGGGACUGCCACAGGCAGCUUAUCUCCUGUGCUGGACCCUUCUGACUUGAUCCUGACUCGGGGAACCGUGGAGGAAGAGGAUGAGGAAGCAGACAGUGAUACUGAUGAUAUUGACCACAGAGUUACAGAGGAAAGCCGUGAAGAGCCAGCAUUCCAGAAUUUUAUGCAAGAAUCAAUGGCACAGUACUGGAAGAGAAACAACAAAUAGUUGCUGAAGUCCAAAAUUCUGGAACUGUGUGAAGGGACUAUCCUUAUCUCCGAUUGGGGGCUACUAUGAAGGACAGUUUUAUCCAGAAUGGUAGUUUCUCUUACUGAAAUUUCCUGGCUCAGAUGAAACCAGGGAUAGAAUACAUUUGGACCUGGCAGGUAGAUGCUGGUUCCCCUUUGCCUUUCCUUUGGAUUUAUGCAAGAAAGCAUAUUUUGUUUUUGGAUGCUGAUAUCCCUUCAAGCCUAAAACUGCAAGUUUUAUCAUUUUAACUCACAUACUUUUGCUGCUGAUGGAUGGAACAGAGAGAGAACUUAAGUAGGCUGGAUCUAUAGCCUCUACUUCCCUAGCACCUUGCCUUUGAACCUGCAUCAUGAGUUCCCCUCCUUUUAGCAGAAAGGGAGAGGGGAAACAGGAGCUUGUCCAGAGUGGCAGUGGAGUCUCCUUGGCAACCAGUCAUGUUGGUAUGAAAUGUGCCUCACACUGGAUAGCUCAUUAUAGAACACUGGAUUCUUUGAAGAAAGUGGGCAAAACAUUGUUAAUGAACACAAAUUCUAAUUUAGAUGGUGACUUGGAUAAAGAGUUUUUAAUUUUGACUUUGCUAUAAGCCUGCUUGUCAUAAUCUCAAAUAAAAUUAUCGCAAAUAGUCACUUCAGUUCAGACGAGAGGUUUAAAGUCACAUGAUGUUUACUAAAGUUCCAGUACACACCACACCUAGUAACCAGGUACAAAGCCAGGCCCUGUUUGUAUUCUACUUUAACUUAAUGCAGUGUAUCCUUAGUGAUUUACUCAAAGGCCACCUAUUUGGGUCAGGCGCACAGUCCAUAGGUAACAGCCCUGGUAAAGGUUUGCUUUGCCUCCACAUUCUUCACAGUAUGUUAAAACAAUACAUUUCUCUUAAGGAACUUUAUCCCUGCCUAACCUGUAUUCCAGAUCAGUGGUUCUCAAAGUGUGGUCUCUGGACCAAAAGCAUCAGCAUCAUCUGGGAAGUUGUUACUAGAAAUGAGACAUUCAAGACCUAAAGCAGAAACUGUAGAGAGUGGGGCUUAGCAACAUGUUUCAGUAAGGCCUCCAGGGGAUUCUGAGGCAUGCUAAGUUCAGAACACUGUUUUAACUCAAACAGCCUAUGAUAUAAUUCUAGGCCAGGUGAAUCUCAGGUAUCAAUGCUCAUAUGACCUUCUUUAUCAGAGUACCCCAGUCUUGACCAUCUGGUGCCUAGUCUCCAAUUUAAACAUUCUAAAAAUAAAUAAAAGUAUUUUGUUUCACAUGAAGUAUUAAUUUCAAUAUUCUAUAACUAGUGGGAACCCCUGGUCUAAAAACUUGAACCUGUUCUUUAAGAGGACACCAUUUGCACAGCAAAACUCUGAACAUAUCUGUUUUUUUCCCUUAGUGCCUUUGAAUACUUUUUCCUUAAAGAGGAACUUGUCCGGCCUGUGCUAUAAGCUCCAUAAGGGCAGAGAUAGUCUUACUAAUUUGUGUAUCCCUUGUAGAGGACCCAGUACAUAAUAGGUACUCAAUAAAUGUUUGCUAAGUGAA